GAUCUCCACAGUAUAUAGAAGCUUCACGUAAGUACUUUCAUCUCUACCAUACAUAUAAACGCUAACGUGCUUAACGUAAGUACCCUGACAACAAUACGCUGAUUUGUCAACUCGUUAGAAACGUAAUAUCCCUUUCAGGCCAGCUCGAGAUUUGGAAAGCUUCAAUGACAGCCAAGUAUAUAACUAAGAUGCAUAUAGCCACAGAAAUUUCAUUCUAGCAAUCGAAUAUUAAUGGAUCUCCUCCUUGAUCAGAUGAACUUAUAUGUCACAACUGGUUUAAUAUUCGCAAUAACAUUCGCUCUCUAUUUUUAUUAUUUUUCACAGAGAUGGAGAAGGAGCAGAUUACCAGCACCUCAAGCCAAGGGAGCAUGGCCUAUACUUGGCCACCUUCCGUUGCUAGGAGGAUCGACGCCUCCCCAAAUCAUCUUGGGAGCCAUGGCAGACAAGUAUGGUCCCCUUUUUACGGUGCGCCUCGGAGUCUAUCCAACUUUGGUGGUGAGCAGUAGUGAAGUGGCUAAGGAGUGCUUUACAAUCCAUGACAUGGCUGCGUCUUCGCGCCCCAAAAUGGCAGCUGUGGAACUCAUAGGCUACAACUACGCCAUGUUUGGAAUGGGGCCCUCCGGACCAUAUUGGCGAGAAGUGCGUAAACUAGCAACCUUGAAGCUGCUCUCCAACCGCCAGAUGCAGUUGCUUAAAGACAUUCGUGUCUCCGAGGUGGCUACCUUCCUGAAAGAAUUGUUCAAAUGUACAGAUCAUAAUCAUGUAGAUUUGGUGGAGUUGAAACAAUGGUUUGGGGACUUGACUCUUAACGUUACACUUAGAAUGGUAGCUGGAAAACGCUACUCGUUCAUUAGUGAUUCCGCCAGUGAGGAUGAGAAGAAAGAAGCACGGCGCGUGCAGGAUGCAGUGAGGAAGUUCUUUUACUUUGCUGGGGUGUUUAUGGUGGGCGAUUUGGUUCCUUACCUUCGGUGGUUGGAUUUAGGUGGUCAUGAAAAGGCCAUGAAGAAAACUGCAAAAGAAAUCGACGCUAUCAUUGAGGAGUGGUUACAAGAGCAUAAACAAAGGAGAAGAGCCGGUGACACCGGAGAGCAUGACUUCAUGGACGCCAUGCUUACUGAGCUUCAAGGUGCAGACCUUGGCGGUUACGAAGCGGAUACAGUCAACAAAGCCACAUGCUUGAAUAUGAUUUUAGGAGGCAGCGAUACCACCAUGGUUACAUUGAUAUGGGCAAUAUCUCUAUUAUUGAAUAAUCGUCAUGUAUUGAAACAAGCUCAAGAUGAGUUGGAUGCAGAAGUCGGCAGAGAAAGAUUUGUGACCGAGUCGGAUACAGGCAAGCUGGUUUAUAUCCAAGCCAUAGUGAAAGAAACGCUGCGUUUAUACCCUGCAGUACCAUUAUCAGCACAGCAUGAGUUCACUGAGGACUCCACAGUGAAUGGCUAUCAUGUCCAAAAGGGCACCCGCUUGAUCACGAACCUUUGGAAGAUUCAAACCAACCCACAAAUGUGGCCCGACCCAUUAGAGUUCAAACCGGAGAGAUUUCUCACCACCCACAAGAACAUUGAUGUUAGGGGUCAUCAUUUUGAACUAAUCCCUUUCGGAAGUGGUAGAAGAUCUUGUCCUGGGAUAUCGUUUGCUCUUCAGAUGGUAUCAUUUGCUUUAGCUAGCUUUUUACAUGCAUUCGAAGUUUCAACACCAUCAAAUGAGCUUGUUGAUAUGUCUGAGAGUUUUGGACUUACAAAUGUUAAGGCCACCCCUCUAAACGUCCUAAUCAAACCUCGCUUGUGUUCUAAACUUUAUGAAUAAACGAGUUGAGUGAUUACGA